ACCAAACCUUAUGUCUUUGACCGAGUAUUCCAAUCAAACACAUCUCAAGAACAAGUUUACAAUGCCUGUGCUAAAGCAAUUGUUAAAGAUGUACUCGAGGGAUACAAUGGUACAAUAUUUGCUUAUGGACAGACAUCAUCUGGAAAGACCCACACCAUGGAGGGAAAAUUACAUGAUCCAGAUGGAAUGGGGAUUAUUCCUAGAAUAGUGCAAGAUAUAUUUAACUACAUUUAUUCAAUGGAUGAAAACCUGGAGUUUCAUAUAAAGGUGUCAUAUUUUGAAAUCUAUCUAGACAAGAUAAGAGAUCUGUUGGAUGUGUCGAAAACAAAUCUGUCUGUUCAUGAAGACAAAAACAGAGUUCCGUAUGUAAAGGGUUGUACUGAGCGGUUCGUUUGUAGUCCUGAAGAAGUCAUGGAUACUAUAGAUGACGGAAAAUCUAACAGACAUGUAGCUGUGACAAAUAUGAAUGAACACAGCUCUAGAAGUCACAGCAUUUUUCUAAUUAAUGUAAAGCAAGAAAACACUCAAACAGAGCAGAAACUGAGUGGUAAACUUUACUUGGUUGAUUUGGCUGGUAGUGAAAAGGUUAGCAAAACUGGAGCUGAAGGAGCUUUACUCGAUGAAGCGAAAAACAUCAACAAAUCUUUGUCAGCCCUUGGAAAUGUCAUCUCUGCCCUGGCUGAAGGCAGUGUCUAUAUUCCAUAUCGAGACAGUAAAAUGACUAGAAUCCUCCAAGACUCCCUAGGAGGUAAUUGUCGAACCACUAUUGUAAUUUGCUGCUCACCCUCCUCCUACAAUGAGGCUGAAACAAAGUCUACUCUACUGUUUGGUCAAAGAGCGAAGACUAUUAAAAACACAGUGUGUGUUAAUAUUGAGCUCACAGCUGAGCAGUGGAAGAAAAAAUAUGAAAAGGAAAAGGAGAAGACAAAGACAUUGCGAGCUACAGUGCAGUUCCUGGAAAGCGAGCUUGCUCGCUGGCGUAAAGGCGAGACAGUGCCUAUUGAAGAGCAGUUUGACAAGGAGAAGGCCAACCUGGAUGCAUUUGUUGUGGAUAAUGUGGUAGCCAAUGACAAGCCAGCUGUUACACUUACUGCUAAUUUAACAGAAGCUGAUAGGAGACUACGUGAGGAUGAAGUUGCUAAACUGUACAAACAACUGGAUGACAAGGAUGAAGAGAUCAAUCAGCAGAGUCAGUUAGUAGAAAAACUGAAGCAACAGAUGUUGGAUCAAGAAGAGCUGCUGGCCUCCACAAGGCGGGAUCAGGAUAACAUGCAGGCUGAAUUAAACCGCCUACAAGCUGAAAAUGAUGCCUCCAAAGAGGAAGUGAAGGAAGUCCUUCAGGCCCUUGAGGAACUGGCUGUCAACUAUGAUCAGAAGUCACAGGAAGUAGAAGACAAAGCUAAAGAAUACGAGAUUCUUAGUGAAGAGCUUAGUCAGAAAUCGGCUGUUCUUAGCAGCUUAGACUCUGAACUGCAAAAACUUAAAGAAAUGACCAACCAUCAAAAGAAAAGAGCUACAGAAAUGAUGACCUCUUUACUUAAAGAUCUUGCUGAAAUUGGUAUCGCAGUAGGAAAUAAUGAUUCAAAGCAACCUGAAGUGAGUGGCAUGAUUGAUGAAGAGUUCACCGUGGCCAGACUGUACAUCAGCAAAAUGAAAUCUGAGGUGAAGAGCAUGGUGAAGCGCUGCAAGCAGCUGGAGGGCACCCAGACUGACAGCAAUAAGAAAAUCGAUGAGAAUGAGAGAGAGCUUGCUGCAUGUCAGCUCCGCAUCUCACAGCAUGAAGCAAAGAUCAAGUCCCUGACAGAGUAUGUACAGAAUGUGGAGCAGAAGAAGAGGCAGUUGGAAGAAUCUGUAGACUCGCUGAAUGAGGAGCUUGUCAAGCUACGGGCACAGGAAAAAGUUCAUGAAAUGGAGAAGGAGCACUUAAAUAAAGUACAGACUGCCAAUGAAGUUAAGCAUGCUGUGGAGCAGCAGAUUCAGAGUCAUCGGGAAAGCCACCAGAAACAGCUGAGCAGUCUGAGAGAUGAGAUUGAGAACAAGGAGAAGCUGAUCACAGACCUUCAAGACCAAAACCAGAAGAUGAUGCUGGAGCAGGAACGACUUCGAGUGGAGCAUGAAAAACUAAAAUAUGCAGACCAGGAGAAGAGUAAGAAACUCCAUGACCUCACGGUGAUGCAAGAUAGAAGAGAACAAGCACGGCAGGAUCUGAAGGGACUGGAAGAGACAGUGGCAAAAGAGCUUCAAACACUGCACAAUCUCAGGAAGCUGUUUGUUCAAGAUUUGACUACUAGAGUGAAAAAGAGUGCAGAAAUGGACUCUGAUGACACAGGGGGAAGUGCUGCACAGAAGCAAAAGAUAUCCUUUCUUGAGAACAACCUGGAGCAGCUCACAAAAGUCCACAAACAGUUGGUACGUGAUAAUGCAGAUCUUCGCUGCGAGCUUCCAAAGCUGGAGAAACGACUUAGAGCUACAGCUGAGCGAGUUAAGGCCUUGGAGUCUGCUCUAAAAGAAGCCAAAGAAAAUGCAUCCCGCGAUAGGAAACGCUAUCAGCAAGAGGUGGAUCGCAUCAAGGAGGCCGUAAGGUCCAAGAACAUGGCUAGAAGAGGACAUUCAGCACAGAUUGCUAAACCCAUCCGUCCUGGACAGCACCCAGCUGCCUCUCCAACACAUCCAAACGCAAUCCGUGGGGGAGCCGUGUUCCCUCAGAAUAGUCAGCCAUUGUCUGUCCGUGGAGGAAGUACUAAACCCUGA